AUGACGCACGCCUUCUUCGCCGACAUGGGUGGCUUUGUGCUUGAUGCCCCAGACUAUCCACGCUUUCCCAUCAACGCCCACCAGGUUCACUACCUUGUAAAAAAUGGCUUCCUCGACUUCCCCACGAUAAAACGCGAAACUCUUCAGGACAAGAACAAAGCAGACGCUUUCGUACGUAUCCUUACAUCCGUUCAGAUACUCUGGUAUGCACUUCAAUGCAUCGGUCGUGCUAUUCAGCACUUGGCUGUCUCGAUGCUCGAGCUCGAUGUCGUAGCCAUCGUGCUGUGUACUUUUCCGACAUUCUACUUCUGGUUCCAUAAGCCCCUCGACGUUGACACGACGGAGACAUUACAUCUCGUAGGAUCACUCCGACUAAGAGAUGUACUGGCUUUAGCAGGGGACGCAGCCAAGCAGCCUUUCAAUCUCACUCCACUCGACUUCAUCAAUCCGCCUCCAGAUCCGUACCAAAUUCUCGAUCCUAUAAUGUGGGGCUUCGAGCAUUUGAUUCCAGUUGGUAACCAUUCAAAAAAUGUCCCGAUAACUCGAUUUAAAGACACCUCGCGUGCAAAUCCCGGGAAGGUGACCCCAUCCGAGAUUGGGGUUUCUACGAUCAUAUCACUCACUUUCAUCUUAAUUCACUUUGUUGCGUGGGACUUCAACUAUCCAACGCAGUUAGAACGAGAUCUCUCGCGAGGCGCCUGCCUACUACUUAUCGGAUGUGGAUUCUCUUUCGGUAACCUUUGGAUCUUGAUGAACUGGCAACUCCCCAAUCUUUGUCGAUUGGCAGGUAUUGCGCAAGUCAAUACCGUUACAGAAUUCAUCGAUGAGAUACAUCCGUUCUUCCAGUACGCUCUCAACGUGACGCAUAUGGGGUCAUAUGGUAUCGCGCGGACUUUUAUCAUUGUAGAAGGUUUUGCUGGUCUUAGGGCCCUUCCUGCGAGUAGCUUCCGUAGUGUGGAAUGGUCGGACCUGUUGCCCCAUAUAUAG